AUGGACUCGUCCCACAAGACGUUCAAGAUCAAACGCUUCCUUGCCCAGAAGCAGAAGCAGAACCGGCCCAUCCCGCAAUGGAUUCGCAUGAAAACGGGCAAUAAGAUCAGGUACAACUCCAAAAGGAGGCACUGGAGAAGGACCAAGCUGGGCUUGUAAGAGUGAGACUGUCUCCUGGGAACUCUAAUGACACGUGUCUUUCUGCGUCAGACUGAUACACCCCGUGCGCCGUUCAGCCACCCCAGAGUGAUUCCUUCUGUAGUGCUGGACU